UGGUUGGAGUCAGUCGAUAGAUCAGUUUUGGCUCCUUUUUUUCUCAACUACACGCCUAUAUGAAGGCAUAGCCUAACCGUUUCUUUAUUGACACACGAACACUACCAUCAUGUACAGGUUGUUCCACUUCAUCUGCACUGUGGCCUGUGUCGCUGCUUCCAUGCAGAUAUAUCCAAUGUGCCCUGGAACGUCCUUCUACAUACCACCCUCACCUGAAUAUGACCCCAAAACGUCAGAUUUAUACUUCACACCACAGUCUGGUCCUUCAGCCAGAGUGAUGGUUCUUAACAAAACACAGUCAACAGAUGAUCAUUACAUUUUCAAAGAUGAGACACUGUUUAUUUCCGAACUGCGGGAGACAGACACAGGAAUUUUCUCUUCAAGAGAUGGUAGCAAGAGAUACAACACUAUCCUCAAACUUAUGAUUAAAGACUGUGCUGAACCAAAAGUGGUUGUCUUUGGAAACAAAUUCGAGUUGGACGUUCCUCAUAAUGCAGCAGUGCUAAAGUUUCUUAGUUCGUCAGGAGGAGACCCUAGCACAAAAGGUUUCGACGUUUAUAAGCCUUACGUUCAAGAGGUGGUCACAUACGCUGACGCCGGAUUUUACACAUUCCGGAAAAAAAAUUUGGCAGAGUUGUCAAAAACACAGUUGAUCGUGACAGCUGAUGUGCGCUUUCACAAUUUGGAAGAUGAUGUCCUUCAAAUCAAUGUUCCACUACCUAAGUAUGAAGUGUCGAUGGAUUUUACCACACUAGAAGGCGAGAGAGAGAAAGUAAUCGACAACGGGGAACUCAUUAGCGACAGCUUUUGGCUUGAAAUGAAAAGUCGCCCAGAAGGAUUAGACAUUAUUGUGCAUGACGUACACAACUAUAGAGCAGGCAAAUUCCAGGUUUUUGACCAGGAAGGAAAUCUGGUUGCUGUGAGGUUUCUAAGUAUACAAGAUUCUGCCAACUCCUACUACAUGUAUUUGUAUGCACUGAUUCCCAUAGUGCUUCUCAUCCUGCUCUGUGUGUGUGUGAAGAAGUGCUGCUGUAAGAAAACCAAAAGCAGCAAUGCCUCUGACCCAGCAGCUGCUGAACCCAUGCCUUACAAUGCUGUUGAGAUGAAUGAACCUGUGCCAACCAACAGGACAGUGACUCCCCAUCCUGUUGACACGGUUCCAGCAGAGGCAGCACCAUCAGCCCCUUCUGCUCCGUCAGCUUUUGGCUUUUCAUCUGAUCACCAGCCCCAGUACCAGCUGAAGGGAUUCGACAGCAGUGCAGGUGGCUUUCUCACCACCUCCCCUCUCAAUACGGACAACGGCGCUGCCGACGGAGAUCCGUCUGUCUACUCAUCAAGCAAACUCAACUGGUGAUUCUGGGGGCCCAUGUCAACUCAACUUCAAGGGGAUUUCAUCCGACUGCUGUCUGUGUCAGCUUGUGACAGAAUAGCUUACACAGGGUCUGUCUUCAGAGGAUGAACUUCAGAUGUUUUAUCACGUUCCGCUAACGUCCAGGAGAUUGUUGAAGAUGAAUGCCUAUUCUGUCUCCCAUGUGAUACCAAAACUACUCUUUAUACAGUUCAAACAUUUUAUUUGACAUAACCAGUAGUGACACUAUUUUCUACCUAUCCUGACACUCAGAGUGAGUUUGCAUGCUGCUCUGUUCUGUCUAUUUCAGGGUUUAUCUUUUCAGGGUUGAGUAGAAGCCUUAGUUCACUAAUGCCUUAGUUCACUGGAGUGGCUGUUGCCUUGUCUCUCUCCCUGUAGUAUCAUUAUAGUUCUGUUCACCCUCAGACAGGUGAAACCACUUCAUGGCAAAUAUUUCUAGAUUUCUCUCAGCUGCUAGAGGUAGAGGGUUGAGGAGGUCUUCGUACAGGAAGAGUAUUACACCUUGUGUCUGUUUUAUAUCCUUUUAUAGAUCAUUAUUAUUGUGUGAUUUUAAAGUUAAUUUUAGGUCAUGUUAUGUAUUCUUUGAAGACAUGUUUUAUUUACAACGCACAACUUUUACAUUAGCCUGUUACAUUGCACCAUGGCAGCAGAGUUAGUUCAAGCCUUUGUUAAUCUGCCUCCCUACUGGAAAAUAUCUAUUUGCUCAAGGACAAAGCAGUGGAAGCAUUGAAUUGAACCCACAACUUUUCAGGUCACUCCGCACUAGCCCAGCUCCUUAACCACUAUGCUGCCACAUCUUGUGGAAAUUUGUGAAUACUAUUAUUACAGGAAUAUUAUAAAGGUAUUACAGAAUAUCAUCGAAAUAUACAUAUUAUUCAUAAGGGCUUUGUCUAAUUUAUGUCUGUGUCUGUCUGUGUGUCUAUCAGAAAAGCCUUUCAUUCAAUACUUAGUCAGGGGUAAAUUGUGUGCAGGUUUACAAAAUUGCAAUAGGCUUUUGAUCAUUUACCUUUUUGGGACCAUUAUUUCAGAUAUUGACUUACAAUUUUGACAGGUUGCAUAUUCAGCAGCAACAGGAAAACAACCACAUCACCAGGAAGAGAAGAAGCUUUGUUGUUUUCUGAAGAAAAAAAAACCUGAUCAAAAACAGUUUACUCCUACCUCGAACUUUUAUGUGUGUAAAUAACAUUGUGUAUGUGUUUGUGUUUAUGCCUUGCAUUUUAAACAUUACUCUGAGCUGUACAGUCUGGCCACCCACCCACACAUGACCCUUAAAGGGACACUUCACCGAUUAGCAUUACGCUUUGUAUCUUUAGAAAACCAGUCAUGUUUUUGAAUGGUCGUGCAUCAUUCCCUCAGUUUGCCUUGAGAUGGGAAAAAUACGGAUUUCAAUGUUGGACUUCCUGCUUUCAAUGAUGUAAAAAUCAUCAUUUUACAUCAUUGAAAGCAAGAAGUCCUAUUCAUGGGUUUAAUUAAAAUGUGUUUUAUUGGGUUUAAUUGUCGAUGUGCAUGAGCAGUAACUGGUGUAGCCUAUUGAAUUUAUUAUUUAAAACUGGUGCAACUGGCCAUACCACUUUUCGGUCCAUGUGUCCACUGGGACCUGGGAUCGAGUCCGACUGGGUUUCUUCACGAUCCCACCCCAUCUCAUUAUCCUAUACAAUAAAGGCAAGAAAGCCCCCCCCAAAUACA